AAAGACAAGGGCAUCGGCAUCGUCAGCUUCCUUACUGCGGUGGCUGUUGCCAUGGUCGUCUUUGCAGUUCAGAUCUUGCUAUUCUUAUUCCUGCGUAACAAGCUGGCCAGAAUUUUCAAGCCAAAGACAUAUCUAGUGCCCGAACGCGAACGAACCGAACCUCCUCCCCGAACGGUAGUAGGCAUGCUCAAAACCCUAUGGCACUACAGCGACCGCGAAGUCAUUGAAAAGUGUGGACUUGACGCCUACUUUUUCCUUCGCUACCUCAAGACACUCCUCAUCAUCUUCAUCCCUAUCUGUGGCAUUGUCAUGCCCAUCCUGAUUCCCAUCAACUACGUUGGUGGAAGGGGCAAGAACAUUGACAUCAAAGACGACGACGCUGGCAGAAACGAAACCGUACCGACGGGCCUGGACACACUUGCGUGGGGAAAUGUUAGUAGUAAGAAUACGAGCAGAUACGGCGCCCACUUGCUUAUGGCCAUUCUCGUCGUCAUCUGGGUUUGCUGGGUCUUCUUCUUCGAGCUUCGAGUCUACAUCAAAGUGCGUCAAGAUUAUCUCACCAGCGCCGAGCACCGACUCAGGGCAUCCGCCACCACGGUUCUUGUCAACUCUAUUCCCGGAAAAUGGCUCAGCGAAGAGGCUCUGAUGGGCCUCUUUGAUGUAUUCCCCGGAGGCAUUCGAAAUGUCUGGAUUAACCGAGAUUUGUCGACGCUGCUGGAUAAGAUUAAGGAUCGGAAUAAGAUUCACCUCAUGCUUGAGCAGGCUGAAACGGAUCUCAUCAAGGCCGCGAAGAAAGCACAGUUGAAGCAGAAACAAUCCCAGGAAAAGAAGGAACGCAAGGAGAUGAAACUUGGCGCAAUCAGCAAGAAAGAAAAGGCCGAGCGUAACGCGCGCGAGGAUGCCGAAGCCCAAAGAACUGCCAUGAACGCCGAAGGCAUGACCGCUGGAGACAAGCACGAGGUACCACAUACCAUCGACGCCGGAGUGCGUGAAUCCCGAUACGAGAUUCUCAACCAAGCAUCAGCAAACAGCACCGAAGAGGAAGACAAGGCCUCAUCGAAGGGCUUCAAGGUUCCCCUCCUGGGCGAUCCCCUCGCAAAGGUUGGCCACGGCAUCAUGGGCGUUGUUUCUAAGGCCGGCAACAACGUGGAAGAUACUUUGGAGACAACUAAUGGCUUCAUGGGUCUGAACCAAACCAAUGAUAACCGUGCCCCCUCUCGGAGCUCUGAUCGAUAUCGAGUUCGUCCUUCGGUUGAUGAAGAUGACAACCGUAUCUCGGCCUCGGAGACGCUCCGCCAGAACAACAAUAACUCCCGAAACACUUACAGAGCGUCGGUCGAAAGCACGGCUGAGAUCAACCCAAAGCGUUCGCGCGAGCCUAUUGGCCUUGGGGGAAAUACUGUACGGAAACUUGAGAACCCGGAGGACAUCUAUACCACCAAGGAUUCCAAGUGGUGGCAGUUCUGGAAGCCUCCUCCUGGUGCCUACACGUCUCCUGUGCCCCAGGGAGCUGCAGCUGCGGCAUACAAGCAACUAAGGGAGGACAACAAGAAAACCCUCUGGCAAAACAUCAAGUACGCGCUCCCAUUUGUCAAGCCCGACGUCGAAGAGGAACCCAUCGAGUAUCCCUUGGCAUACAACCCUGAUUACACCGAGGAACAAGACCAGCCUGCAGAGUGGGAGAAAUAUCUUAAGAAGAAAAAUCGCCCGUCGCAUCGUCUUCCCCUAUUUGGCGUCAAUUGGCUCUUUGGGGUGCCUUUCGUCACCAAAAAGGUCGACACAAUCUAUUGGUGUCGAGAGGAGCUUGCUCGUCUCAACUUGGAGAUCGAGGAAGAUCAGAAGCACCCUGAACGGUUUCCCCUGAUGAACUCGGCCUUUAUCCAGUUCAACCACCAGGUUGCCGCCCACAUGGCUUGCCAGAGCGUCAUCCACCAUGUUCCCAAGCAGAUGGCCCCGAGAAUGAACGAGAUUUCUCCCAAGGACGUUGUCUGGGAUAACAUGGCUUUCACUUGGUGGCAGGAGUGGAUGCGAUCGGCCAUCGUUUUCGUUCUUGUUGCCGCUAUGGUCUUCCUGUGGGCAAUCCCUGUUGCUUGGACGGCGGCAUUGAGCCAACUGGACCAGCUCAUUCAGGACAAUGAGUGGCUUCACUUUCUCAAGGACAACUCGACUGUACACAACAUCGCCAAAGCUGUGGCUGGUGUCUUGCCCGCUGUGGUGCUCGGUCUGCUGCUCUUCCUCAUCCCCAUCAUCCUCGACUUUUUGGCCAGUUUCAAGGGGGCCAAGACUGGAUCGCAAAAGGUCGAGUUUGUCCAGGUCUUCUACUUUGUCUUCUUGUUCAUUCAGGUGUUCCUUAUCGUCUCUAUCGCAUCUUUCUUUGCGGCAUCUUUCGACGAGCUGGUGAACAACGUGAAGCAGCUACAAACUGCCAAGGCUGUCCUCGAUCUUCUCGCGACGAACCUACCCAGCGCUUCCAACUACUUCUUCUCAUACAUGAUUUUGCAGGCCAUGUCGACAAGUUCUGGAACCCUCCUCCAGAUUGGAACGCUGGUCAUGUGGUACGUCAUUGCAAAGAUCCUCGACAGCACUGCACGUAACAAGUGGUCACGAAACACCAAGCUCAACCAGGUCAAAUGGGGCGCCUUUUUCCCCAUCUACACCAACUUUGCCUGUAUCGCGCUGAUCUACUGCGUGAUCGCGCCGCUCAUUUCCAUCUUUGCUAUCAUCACCUUUGGGCUCUUGUGGUUUGCCCAACGAUACGCGAUGCUCUACGUCACCCGGUUUGAGCAUGAUACCGGCGGUGUCUUGUACCCUCGUGCUAUCAACCAGACUUUCACCGGCAUCUAUUUCAUGGAGCUCUGCAUCGCGGGUCUGUUCUUUAUCGCCAAGGAUGAAAAGGGCAGAUCUGCAUGCACGGCCCACGGAAUCGUCAUGAUUGUUGUCCUCAUCCUUACUAUCCUCUACCAGGUGCUCCUCAACUACUCUUUCUCGCCUCUUUUCCGAUACCUGCCAAUCACAUUCGAGGACGAGGCAGUGCUGCGUGAUGAAGCGUUUCAGAGAGCUCAGGAUCGCCGACUCGGUCUUCUUGAGGAGGAUGAGCUACCAGAGGAAACUGAAGACGAGCAGGAAAAGACACACAAGCCAGAAACCACUCAAGACAUUGAGAUGCGCAAGUUCGGUAGCAUUCGUCGCCCAGUGAAGCAGGUCGGCACUUGGGCCAGGGACGGAGGACACCAGAUUCGCAAGCUGGCAACGGGGGGCAAGUCGAAGGACAAGAACAAGAGGGCCUCGGAAUACCGGCGACAACAUCGACAGAAGGAUAUCGAGGCCCAACGAGCUAUUGGAGAGGCACUUUUCGGAGGAAUUCACGACGAAAUCGAGGAUCUCACUCCAGAUGAGAGAGAUGCCCUCGUUCGACACGCGUUCCAACACGAGGCACUUCGAGCACGCCGGCCUACCGUGUGGCUCCCUCGUGAUGAUUUGGGCGUCAGCGAUGACGAGAUUCGACGAACACAAGAAUACAGCGAGAACAUUUGGAUCAGCAACGAGGGCACAGCUCUCGACAGCAAGGUCCGCGUCGUCUACGGCAGGGCACCACCCGACUUUUCAGAGGUGGACCUGAUCAAUCUGUAA